UCCGAUCUGAAGGAGUCCCAAUUCUCUUUUGCGUAUCAAAGCAAGCUAAGCAAUCUGAUAUGGCGUCGUCUUCUUCCUCUGCUCCAUCAUCUCGACCUGCAAAGGAAUAUGGUGUUUUUAUUAGCUUCAGAGGUGAGGACACCCGCCUCAAUUUCACAAGCCAUCUUCACAGUGCUCUUUGCAGAGACAAAAUUACAACAUUUAUCGACAACGGAAUCGAGAAAGGAGAUGAGGUAUGGCCCUCUCUUGAGAAAGCCAUUGAAGAUUCGACUCUAUUCCUUGUGGUCUUCUCAGAAAAAUAUGCAUCUUCCACGUGGUGCUUGAAGGAGCUUACCAAAAUAUUAGAGUGCUCCAAAAAUCAAGGUCAUAAUUCGGUGAUGCCAGUGUUCUAUAGAGUAGAUCCUGCAAAUGUGAGGAAGCAGUCUGGGAGUUACGAGAAAGCAUUUGAAGAACAUGACCACAAAGGCAUCAGCAAGCAGCAACUGCAAAAGUGGAGGGAGGCUCUCACUUACGCUUCCAAUUUAGGUGGCUGGCAUUGUAGCUUGGAUAGAAAUGAAGCCGAUCUAAUUAAAGAAAUAGUGCAAUGCGUGAUACAAAAGAUGGGAUGCAUGUAUGAAAGCGAAGAUCAUUUAAAAGGCCUGAUUGGAAUUCACAAGAGAAUGGAAGCUCUAGAAUCAUUGUUGAACAAAGGCUCCCAAGAUGAUGUUCGAUUUGUUGGGAUUUGGGGUAUGGGUGGUAUUGGCAAGACCACUCUUGCAAAAGCAAUGUUCACCAAAUUGCGUUUUUUGGCAUUUGAGGGGUCUUGUUUUCUGUCCAAUGUGAGAGAGGAAUCAAAGAAACUUGGAAAGGAAGGUUUGAAGGAAAGGCUUGUCAGGACAUUAUUAAGGGAUAAAGGCGAUGAAAUAGCUCCUUCUACCAUGCAGAGACUUAGCUGGAAAAAAGUUCUCAUUGUUCUUGAUGAUGUUGACGAUCAUGAACAAUUAGAAAGUUUAGCUGGAAGACAUAAUUGGUUCGGAUCAGGUAGUAAAAUCUUGAUAACAACUAGAGAUAAGCAAGCUCUUGGUAAGGAAGUAGAUGACAUAUAUGAGCUCAAGGCUUUGAAUUUUGAUGAAGCUUUUAAUCUGUUGUCCAUGAAUGCCUUUAGAAAGAACUGUGCUGACCCAAUAAUAAGAAAGCUAGCAACGAAAGUGACUCUAUAUGCAAAUGGAAUUCCAUUGGCCCUAAAAGUUUUAGGUUCCUUCUUGUUCGACAAAAGUAAAGAAGAAUGGGAAAGCCAGCUAAAAAAACUUAAAAAGUCACCUUUUUCAAAAAUUCAUGAUAUUUUGAAGUUGAGUUUCGAAGGACUUGAUCGUGAGGAGAAAGAUAUUUUUUUAUAUUUGGCAUGUUUCUUCAAAGAUUAUGAUGUUAAGAAUGUAAGAAAUUUGUUAGAUUCAUGCAAUUAUUCAACAACUAUCGCUUUGAGCCGUCUUAAAGAUAAAGCUCUAUUAGAUAUUUCUUUUGGAAAAAUAGAUAUGCAUGAUUUACUACAAGAAAUGGGUCAAGAAAUUGUCCGUGAGGAAUCAAAAGAUCCUCAAAAUCGCAGUCGAUUAUGGAAUUCUGAUGAAAUUUCUGAAAUAUUGAGUCAAACUAAGGGAAGUGAAGCAAUUGAAGCCUUAUCUUUCAAUGUGUCAGAGAUAACUGAAGAGAUGUAUUUAAGUCCUCAAGCCUUUUCCCGAAUGCCUAAUCUAAAAUUUCUUGAUUUUUAUGGCUAUUUUGGUCAAAUGAUCAAGUUGAAUACUCCUUAUGACAUUGAGUUCCCAAAUCAAAUCAGACUACUGCGUUGGUUUGAGUGCCCUUUAAAUUCCUUGCCGAGAACAUUCACAGCUGAAAAUCUUGUCAAAAUUGAAAUGCCAUGCAGCAAAUUGACAAAACUUUGGGAUGGAGUGCAGAAUCUUGCAAAUUUGCGCGAGAUGGACCUCCAGUGUUCAAGAAAUUUGAUCGAGCUACCAGACUGUUCAAGAUGCAAAUGUCUUGCAGAUGUAAAUCUAGAUGGCUGCUCAGAGUUGCGUAGUGUGCAUCCAAGUAUUUUAACUCUCGAUAGCCUUCAUAGGUUAUCACUUGAAUAUUGCGAAUCCCUUACCAGCCUUAGAAGCUCUACCCAUCUAAAAUCUCUCGGAUACCUCUCCCUUCUGGACUGCUCAGGACUGGAAAAUUUUUCAGUAACCUCAGACAAUUGUGACUUUGAAUUGAAUCUAUACGGAACAGCCGUCAGUGAUGAAUUGACCUCAUCCAGUGGGCAUCUCAGCAAAGUGCGUAAACUAGAACUCCACUUGAGUUUUUCUAGUCUUCCCUACAAUUUGCUUGACCUGAGCAACCUUCGAGAGCUUGAUAUUGGUGGUUGCAACAAGUUAGCGCCGAUUCUACAUUCCAUAUUUGAUAGGUUACGUUCUUUGGAAGUUAUAAACUUGUCAUGUUGUAGCGAGUUAUUUGGACUGCCUGACAACAUCAGCUUGCUGUCAUCAUUACGUGAGUUACAUCUCUGUGCGACUACUGUAGAGACCUUGCCUGGAGGCAUCAAACAUCUUUUGAGGCUGCAACUUCUUAAUGUGAGUAGUUGUGCAUCGCUUCUUUUUAUACCAGAACUCCCUCCCUCCGUUCGAAGGUUGUGUGCCUGCGACAGCAAAUCCCUUGAGACCGUACAUUUAACUUCAACAAUUGAAGACCAAGUAGUAGAAGAGGACAAAAAAGUAUCGAGAUACCUUGACUUCCUAGGUUGCAUGAAGUUGAAUCGAGAAUCAGUGAAAGCUAUUGAAGCAAAAGUGCUACUUGAGCUGAACAUAGCCACACCCAUUCCUCGUGGCGCACUAAUUCGCUACCCAGAAGCAGAGCUAUGCAAAGUUCCAGAGUGCUUCAUGUAUAGGACAAAUCAGUCUUCCAUAUCUGUGGGUCUCUCUUCGAUUCCACAACCUUGGGAUGGCAGCUUCAUCUUCUGCGCGAUUGUUUUUGGAUUUUUCCACAACCUUCGUGAAAUUGAAGCCUGCUGUUAUAAUGAUGGUCCAUGUGUUGGAGGUGGGCGUGCAUCAUUUGAUUGUGGGUAUCUAUACGCCAAGCGUUCAAAGCAUGUUUUUUUUUGGAGAGGUCAAGUAGAAAGGCGAAUUGAAGAAAGGAUAAUAGAUGCUCAAAGCAGCGCUUGUCAUCGAACGCUCGAAAUAAAAUUCGAACCUAAUUUUGAAUAUGGAGAUAAAGCAUCGGAGUAUGUGGAGGAAUAUGGGGUGUGCCCAACAUCGGCACCCGAAUAUCAAAAUUAUAUUCAACAAAUGAGGUUGGAAUUGCAGCCACAGCCUGAUUGUAUAGGAAUGGAGGCUGGUUGCUCCCGUUACAGCACAAGUCAUUCUACCAUGCAUGAUGAGCCCCAUACAUUUGGAAUGGCGGCUGGUUGCUCUAGAAAGCGCAAAUAUUACAACUUCAUGGAUCUUGAAGAUUUUCAAGAUUUGGAUUCAACUGAAAAUUAAGAUAUACCAUUCACAUGUGAAGAAGCAGUCUGGGAAUUCCACAAAGCAUUUGAAGGGUAUGAGCUGAACCAGAAGCAACAGGUUCACUAAGCGGAGGUCGCAGCCGCCCAUGAAGACGCUCCUUGGAGAUUUGGCUUGCCUCCCCUGGCACUGCCACUUGACUGUGCUUGGUUCAAUUGGUGUCUCAAUCUGGCAGAUGGCAUUGGUACCAUCCAAGAGUUACUUUACCAAUACUGAAGCGGAGCAUGAUCAUAUGGGGAAUGGAUAUUGUCUUAUUAUAGAGACAACGAUCGUGAACGACGUGAAACCAGUGAAAAGCGAAGAAGAUUCCGAGCCGCCUAUUCUCUUAAAGCACUAGAGUAUCCACGCGUUGCCAUGGGUUGUGAUGAUAGAUCUGUGCGAAUAUAUGCUGUCUCAGACUCAGAUGAGGUCAUGCAUACAAAAUCCUUGCCACGGGACGAGUAUUAAGUAUGACUUGGAGUGCAGACGCUAAGCGCAUAUAUUCAGGAAGCAGUGAUGGGUCUGGGACACUGGUUGGUACAGACAGCAGUGGUAGUGUCCAGUUUUGGGAUUGCCAGCAUGAAACUCUC